AUGGAAGCGGUGGUUGACACCGUGGUGGAGAUGGUGGUGGAUAUCAUAGUAGAGGCGGUGGUGGUGGUGGAAAGUGAUAAUAGAGGUGGAAGAGAUCGUGGAGACAGUGAUGGAUACCAUAAUGGAGGCGGUAGUGGUUAUGGAAGUGGCUGCAGUGGAUACGAAGGUGAUAAUGGAGGUGGAGGUGUUGGUGAUUAUGGAGGUGACGGUGGCCUUUUGACCAAUGUGUGUGUGGAUAUUGUUGAUGUAGUCAGAAGAGUUGUGGAUAAUGAAGGUGGAGGAGAUAGUGGAGGUGGUGGCGUGUAUGAAGGUGACGAUAGUUCUCUUGGUCAAUGUGUGUGUGGAUGUUGUUUAUGUGGUCAGAAGAGUUGUGGAUCGGGAUCUCGUGGUCAGAGUUGUAUUGAUGUGAUAUGGGCUCUCGAUGGUGGAUAUGAAAGUGGUGGAGGAGAUCGUGGAGGCGGUGGUGUUUAUGAAGGUGAUGGUGGCUCUCUUGUCAAUAAGAGUUGUGGAUGGGCUCUCGAUGGUGGAUAUGAAAGUGGUAAUAGAGGUGGUGGAGAUAGUGGAGGUGGUGAUUAA